CACCAACCCCAGAAGCCCUAACCACCGCUCCUCUCGACGCCAGCCAGCCCAGCACGCCCACCCAGCAGCCACCUCACCUCCUGGUAAACGCUGCCCUUCUGGGAGUAUGACUCUUAGCUGUUAUCACGGGAUGAUUCAUUUCUGAACCGGUGACGGUUUUGUCCCUCGGAAAUCGCUUGGGAUGACUCAGAUCGAUGGGAAAAGUACGGGGCGGGAAGCAGUUCCGGGUGGAGCUUAGCGUUUUCUGCGAAAAGUUUGCAAAAAAAAAAUGGAAAAAUUUUCGUUUUACGUUGGAUUAUAAAAUCGACCAAGUCUGCACUUUCUUUUAUAGAUACGAUAGAGUAGGUAUAUCAGGAGAAUGUGUGGUAUUUUUGCUGCUUAUAGACAACCAGAGGUUGAACAGUUCAAGGCUAAGGCUUUACAAUAUUCUAAAAGAAUCAGACAUCGUGGACCAGAUUGGUCAGGUAACGUUAUCUCCAACAGUACAAUUUUAUGUCAUGAAAGAUUAGCCAUUGUUGGUUUAGAUUCUGGUGCUCAACCAAUCACUUCUCAAGGUGAACAAUACUCAUUGGCGGUCAACGGGGAAAUUUACAACCAUAUUCAUUUGAGAGAAGAGUUUAAAGAAUAUCCAUUCAAGUCAUUAUCAGAUUGUGAACCAAUCAUUCCCUUAUAUGAAAAAUAUGGUAUUGAUGCACCAAAAUAUUUGGAUGGUAUGUUUGCUUGGGCGUUAUACGAUAAAAAGGCUGAUAGAAUUGUUGCUGCCAGAGAUCCAAUCGGGAUUACCACUUUAUACAUGGGUAAAUCCUCUACCAACCCAAAAACUCGUUAUUUUGCAUCGGAAUUAAAAUGUCUUAUUGAUGAAUGUGAUGAAAUCUUUGCUUUCCCUCCAGGUCAUGUUUAUGACUCAAACACUGAUGAAAUCACCAGAUACUUCAACCCAUCUUGGUGGAACGAAUCUAAAAUACCCGAAAAAAGAGUUGAUUAUAAAGAAGUUAGAGAAUCUUUAGAAUUAGCCGUUAGAAAAAGAUUAAUGGCUGAAGUUCCUUAUGGUGUUCUUUUAUCUGGUGGUUUGGAUUCUUCCUUGAUUGCUUCUAUUGCUGCUAGAGAAACUCAAAAAGCUGCUCAAGCUUUUAAAGAUGGUUAUGAUGCUAAUAAAGAAUUAUCAGGGGUUGAUGAUAAAGGUUCUUUACAUUCUGCUGGUUGGAACCAAUUACACUCUUUCGCCAUUGGUUUACCUGGUGCUCCAGAUUUAAUCGCCGCUGAAAAAGUUGCCCAUUUCAUUGGUACCAUUCAUCAUUCUCAUACUUUCACUUUAGAAGAAGGUUUAGAUGCCUUGAAUGAUGUCAUUUAUCAUUUGGAAACUUAUGAUGUCACCACCAUUAGAGCUUCCACUCCAAUGUACUUAUUAUCAAGAAAAAUUAAAGCCCAAGGGGUUAAAAUGGUUUUAUCUGGUGAAGGUUCCGAUGAAAUCUUUGGUGGUUAUUUAUAUUUUGCUAAUGCUCCUUCCGCUAAAGAAUUUCAUGAAGAAUGUGUUAAAAGAGUUAAAAACUUACAUUAUGCCGAUUGUUUAAGAGCUAAUAAAUCAACCAUGGCUUGGGGUUUGGAAGCUAGAGUUCCUUUCUUAGAUAGACAAUUUUUGGAUGUCUGUAUGAAUAUUAACCCUGAAGAUAAAUUAAUAACACCAAAAGAUGGUAAAAUUGAAAAAUACAUUUUAAGAAAAGCUUUUGAUACUUCUGAUGAUCCAAGUGCUAAACCUUACUUACCAGAAGAAAUCUUAUGGAGACAAAAAGAACAAUUUUCUGAUGGGGUUGGUUACUCUUGGAUUGAUGGUUUGAAAGAUGCUGCUGAAGCCGCAGUCACUGAAGAACAAUUGGCCAAUCCAAAAGCUGAAUGGGGUGACGACGUUCCAACCACUAAAGAAGCUUACUGGUACAGAUGUAAAUUCGAUGAAAUUUUUGGUGGUUCUAAAGCUGCUGCUUCUACUGUUAUGAGAUGGGUUCCAAAAGCUGAAUGGGGUUGUCAUGCUGAUCCUUCUGGUAGAUAUGCUACUACUCACGACCAUAAAGUCGAUAACUAAUUGUAACUUGAUUUCUUUAGUUCAACAUUUAUCUUUUCUUUCUUUGUCUUAAUAAAUCUAUUGUACAUAUUUUAUAUUUUUAUGG